AUGAUCCGGAGAAGGUGUAUUACUACUUCCCCCGUGAGCACUGCAUUUUUGAGCAGUGACACCGGGGCUAGUCGCCAUGUGGUUUCAUUCAUUGAUGAGGUUGAUCACCGUUCACAUGCGCCAUCAGUUUCUACCCAUGAUCAACUUCACCCUUUCACUUCAAGAGUUCUCGUUCAUUCCUUCGUGGGGUUAUUUGAGGUUGAGGCUCAGUUAAACCUGGAAAGGGAGUGCGUCGUAUCGGCCGCAAUGAGUGAGUAUGGGGUUCUGGCCUGCCGUGUCCGAUCGCUGCCCCCAGGAAAAGGGUCCGUGGUCGACCUUGAGCGGGCGGCAGAUUCCGUCGAAAAAGUUCUCUUCUUCUCUGGCCGCCAACGGCUCGCGGAGGUUACUUUAAAGAACGAGGUUGGCAGGGCCAAUUUAACCAGCGCGAGGUUCAAUGUUAAUCGAGGGUGUUCUCCUAUGCAGUGCGUGUAUGCCGCGGAACUUCGGGCGUAUUUGGCAGUAUUCCUGCUGAGCUCGGACACCUUGUGCGCGUGUGCCCCACAGGCCUGUACGGAACAACGGAUGCGGUUUGAGGAUCGCACCAUCGCGUGUAUGGGGGUGGGGCGGGAAGGUGAGCCGGAGGUAACGAUUGUGUUGGAUGACAACACCGUUGCGCUGUGCGGGAUGCGCGCGUGGGUUCCCCCGUCCUCCGAGCCUACGGCCGAGGUCGCGGGAGGGGGCCUUCCUCGCUCUCCGAUUCAGUUUGCCAUCCUCAAGACAGGAAGCCUGUCCGGAUUGGCUGGGAUCCCUCAGUCCGCGCCGAUUCGUGUGCUUUGGUCUGGCAGGCAGUACAUGUGGGUGGUUUACGAGGAUGGUCAUAUCGGGGCGUUUUCCUGCCAAGACACCGAUGUCAAAGGAAUCACGGAGAGGAGUGGGGAGCAAGAUGAUGUGAGUGCGUCUGAGGAUAUCGAGUUUACCUUACUGUACAUCGGUAAACUUGCAUGCCUGAAUGAUGUAUCGAUGCCGAUAGAGGAUCUUUUUGUGGUUUCCGAAAGUCGAGUUCUUUCUUUGAGUUAUUGUUAUAUUCAACAGAAUGAAUCUUUAGUGCACUACGGCUCUAUCCAAUUACGCUGCCAUGUGGAUGGGGAUGGGAUUGGACAGACCUACCCCACGAAGAAGUCCUACACCAUAUCUUCUGGAGAGACAGUGUAUGGACUUCACGUAGAGGGUGGCCGUUACCAUGUCCUUACGCAGACGAGUAGGGGUAAUAGCAAUUUGUACAUUAGUACACUUCCUCUUGUUGAGUGUGAACCUGCUCAGGAGAUUCCACUUUAUCGUGAAAUCGCACAAGCGCUGGAGGACGAUUUAGGAGAGCACUGUCAUACUUGUGAGGCUCGUAUCGCGGCAAUAUGUCAAGCCAACGCUAAAACCUUUCGAGAUACUGAGGCCACGACAUCGAUGCUGGGUCAACUAACAGAGCUGCAGUACUGUGUAUACGCACUGCUACGUCGUGAACAGUUCAGCACAAACCAGAAGCUUAGUCUGAAACAUAGUUAUCCACAACGCAUCCUUCGUCAGCUUUCUCAUGCUUUCAUGCAAGUAUCGGUGAACCUUUUUCUCAGUCGACUCGACGUUUUGCAUGAUAUUGAGCAGCCCCUUCAUGAGAGUCUUGGAUUGCAUACCGCACGCGCGGUUUCAGUGGACGCGGAGAAGGCAUUUAUGGAAAUUGUGAAUACGUCUUUUCCCUCGCUUUUCACUAGCGUUCCCUCUAAAUUAGAAUGCUGGCCAUCCAGAGGGUUGUUAUGUGUGGACGUAAUUUUAGAGUACUUGGGUUAUUCUUCUCAAAUUUCUUUGAUGGAUAUUCUUCGUGAAACCACAGAGAUGUUGCCGAUGGUCGCGUUAUUGGUUUUGUACUAUUCUUAUCGAAACAGCUUAUGUAGCGAGGAUAGCAACUCGGGCGAGGUCUCCCUUGUCACACCAGAACGUCAGCGCCAUGCAAAUGCGCUGAGGGAGGAGUUCUUAAUCAGCCACUGCAGACUGCCUGCAUCGCUCAAUACAUGGGCUUUCGCCUGCUAUGCGGUCGAUCACGGGAUAAACCCGCUGGCAAAAUCACACUUUGGGACACCUUUGUACAUCCUGGGACCUCAUGUCUGUCACCUCAGCAGCCCACCCGUUCUUACGCUGUUACCUGCCUUAAUGAAUGGCCUUUUGAAUGUGGCUGCGGUCGAUGCGGCCUACCAGCAGAUCGCAGUCAUCUUGGGGCAUUUUAACCCUGCCAGCCUCCCUCCACCCCUUUUACUGAAAUUAUCCUUUGUGGCCUUAAAAACCAACGCGCAUCACACCCUAGAGGCGAUCUAUCGCGCGAAUCGCAGCCCCGUGAAUGAGGACAUCUCCGUUCGGGCUCUCGCGUUAGCGGCAUUACAGUUGGGCGACGUGACUCCUUUGCGAGGAUUAAUUCGUGUGGGCAGUGCGGAGGAGCAGACUGUUGAGGGGGUUUUAUGUACCUGGCGUGAUAUUACCCAAAGAAAUUGGCUGCGGUUGUGUUUUUAUAUUCUUAUGCGGCGCUACGCGGAUGCCCUUCAUGUGUGUCGCGACCUAAUCACUCAGGACGUGGUGGUGAAGCAGCCUAUUCAGGUAAUUUCAUCUCACCUCCGGAGCUUGAUGCCGGGCGGGAAUGCAGAGUAUAUGUCUGAGCACUUGCAGCACUCAGGGCCAAUGUCUUCUCUGAAUUUGCAUAUCAAUGAGGAAGGGAAGACGCAUGAAUUCGGACGGCUGGAUGAUGUGGCGGGGAAAAAAGGUAAUUUGUUGACAUGUAUGAGCAUAGCGCCUACAUCUCUGGAGAAUCAAGAGGGCGAGUUGGAUGCCCAGGUGCGUUGUGCCAUGAUGCGUUGCACUUCGCAUUCGAACCGUCAGGUAUCAAGGUUCCCUGACCUUCUUACUUCCUCACAUUCUAAUGUUUCCGCAGAGGCAGCUCUUCGACCUUCUACCAUCCUAUCCUCUCUCGACCGAAACGGUAAUAACCUGUUUACGGUUCCUAAUAACGACAACAAGCUUGAGAUUGACAAAGAAGACGAGGAGGACACCAUCUCUGAGAAUGAUAAGUGUGCUGUUUCUUUCUCUACCACACAAUCUCAACACUCGAAAGACUGGCAAGUUACUAGGGAACAUAUUCCACAGCAACAGAAACAAAAUAUACAUAAUAAUGAUUCUGCCUCGGAAAUCUUCGAAACAAGUUCUCACGGGUUCAACGAUGUGGAACUUUGUGAAUCACGACUCCAGCGCAGCGGCAAAAUGUGUAGUAGAGUGCGUCCAUGCCCAUAUCAUGAUCGAAAGCGUUGA